UGGUCGAGUAGUUGUUGUAUUCAAUGCAGGGAACCAAGUUGUUGUUGUUGUAAUCAACGAAGGAGUUGUCAGAUUGGGAUUCAAUGUUGUGGUAUUCAAGGGAGGGAACCAAGUUGUGUCUGUUGUAUUCCAUGAAGGUGUGGUUCCAGUUGUGUUCCAUGAGGGUGUGGUUCCUGUUGUAUUCCAUGAAGGAGUACUUCCGGUUGUAUUCCACGAAGGUGUUGUGGUGGAUCUUCUUCUCGUUGUUGUAGUUCUUUCCGUUGUAGUUCUUUCUGUUGUAGUACUAGGCGUUGUGGAUCUUCUGGUUGUUGUAGUUCUCGCAGUUGUCGUGCUUGGUGUUGUCGUGCUUCUCGUGGUAGUUGUUCUACUUGUCGUUGUUCUCGGUGUCGUUGUUCUUCUUGUUGUAGUGCUUCUUCUUGUAGUUUCUCCUGAUUCACUUGAUGAUGAUGACGAUGACGAUGAUGAUGAUGA